GGAGAACUUGAUGGUGGCUCUGAGCCAGGGCAGCAGGCUGCUGGAGAGCAUCAGUGAGCCUGUGGUGCAAGACCCCGAUCACAAUAUGAACCAGGAUGAACUGGAGAACCUGGCUACAGUGCAAAGACUGCUGUCUCAGUUGGAUGAAACCGAAAGCGCGUUUGAUGACUUCUGGCUGAGACAUCAGACCAAACUGCAGCAGUGUCUGCAGCUCCGUCACUUUGAGCACAACUACAGUGAGGUCAGAGCUCUGCUGGAUCAGGUGUCAGAGAAACUGAAGAGCUUCUCUGAGGUGGGGAUCACCCCAGCCCACGCUGACCACAUCUUCUCCGAGCUCACUGCCUACGAGGAGAAAGUCUGUGAAGUGCUGGACAGAACUUUGGCUUUGGCCGGUGAGGCUGACGAACUGAUCCAGAACUCUCACUACGCUGAAGAUUCAAUUCAACCUAAAUGCAGCGAGCUCAGAGCCGUCAGCGAGGACGUACGCAGCAGCCUGAUGGCCACCAGGGACAACCUCCUGAAAGCCAAGGAGCUGCACCAGCGACUGGACAGAGCCUCUAAGUGGUGUGAUGAUGGCAUAUACCUGCUGGCAUCCCAACCUGUAGACAAGUGUCAAUCACAUGAAGGGGCGGAGUCAGCUUUGCAGGAGUUGGAGCGUUACCUGGACAAUGCUGGUCAGUGCCAACUGACAGACCUCAGUACUAUCUGGACCGAAUAUGAGACAGUGCUCAACCAGCAGCUCCGGGACCAAGCGGAGAAGGUGUUCCAGAAGCAGGCGUCCAUGCAGGAGAUGUUUGACAAGCGGAGGAUCAGCCUGAAGAAGCUCACAGCCAAACAGACGAGGCCGGUCCAGCCGGUGGCUCCCAGACCAGAGGCCUUCAUCAAGUCCCCGCUCGCAUCACCAGCACACAAAGCACAAAACUGCUCAGAUGGAGAUUCAGGGAACAGCAACAACUGUGACAAAGAAGAUUUUGCAUUGGACAGUGGGAGCGGUAACAGCAGACACGCCUCUGUGUCCGAGCAGGAGGAGAACCUGGCGGUACUCAGAAGACAUGUCAUGAACGAGCUGUUGGAAACAGAAAGAGCUUACGUGGAGGAACUGCUUUGUGUCUUACAGGGAUAUGCCUCUGAAAUGGAUAAUCCAGCAAUGGCUCCCCUCAUCCCUGCUCCCUUGCAGAAUAAAAAGGAGAUCUUGUUUGGAAAUAUGCCAGAAAUCUACCACUUCCACAGGAGGACUUUUCUUCGGGAGCUGGAGCAGUACACAGACUGUCCAGAGCUGGUUGGAAGGUGCUUCUUGGAGAGGAUGACAGACCUGCAGAUCUAUGAGAAGUACUGUCAUAACAAGCCUCGCUCCGAAAGCCUGUGGAGGCAGUGCUCUGACUGUGCCUUUUUUCAGGAAUGUCAGAAAAAGCUGGAGCAUAAACUUGGCUUAGAUUCAUAUCUGCUGAAGCCCGUUCAGAGAAUUACCAAAUAUCAGCUGCUGUUGAAGGAACUGCUGAAGUACAGUAAAGGCUGUGAGGGGUCUGAGGAUCUGCAGGAUGCACUCUCAUCUAUUCUGGGAAUCCUCAAAGCUGUCAAUGACUCCAUGCAUCUCAUUGCCAUCACUGGAUAUGAGGGUAAUCUGAGUGAGCUGGGCAAACUGCUGAUGCAAGGGUCAUUCAGCGUGUGGACGGAGCACAAGAAAGGUCAUGCAAAGGUUAAGGAUCUGGCCCGUUUCAAGCCAAUGCAGCGACACCUCUUCCUCCAUGAGAAGGCCCUCCUCUUCUGCAAGAGGAGGGAGGAGAAUGGGGAAGGUUAUGAAAAAGCUCCUUCCUACAGCUUCAAGCAGUCUCUGAGUAUGAGUGCCAUUGGCAUUACAGAAAAUGCGAAGGGAGACAAUAAGAAGUUUGAAAUCUGGUCUAACUCCAGAGAAGAGGUCUAUAUUGUUCAGGCACCAACAGCUGACAUGAAAACCACAUGGGUAAAUGAGAUCAGGAAGGUUCUGACAACCCAGUUGGAGGCGUGCAGAGAAGCCAGCCAGCAGAAGGCACCGGAGCAGGUUUUCCAGUUUCCCCCUGUGUCCACUGGACCAGUCAGCCUCAGUCCACUUAAGACUGGACAGAAGACAACUAAGAAGGGGGAGGAAAAGAAAGAUGAACCCCUAAGUCCUGAUGCCAAUUCCUCCUUUUCUCCAAAGCUCCCAGGAAAAGACGAGGCUGUGACCAGCCCAACAUCAGACAGAUCAGCUGCCUUGAAAAAGCGCUUUACUUUACAGGGCUUCAGUAACAUCAAAGCUCAGAAAGGAUCUCCCACCAGCCCAGAUCACAAGACCAAACGCCAGAGUGACCCAAUGCCAUUUGGCUUCAAAGAUGCAGGUCCUCCUCCUCUCUACCUCAGCAGAGUCAGGUGGUUCAGCACUUCCAGUCUCUUACAGGCAAAACAGAGAGGUACACCGGGAACAUUUGGCCUGUCAAACUGUCUGGUUUUCCCUUUACAGGUUUUCUCUCGUAGCUGCACGCUCCACUAACAGUUAGAAAUACCC